AUGGUAAAAGACAACAAGUUUUACGACAUCCUUGGAGUGUCGCCCGAUGCGUCAGAAGCGCAACUUAAGACGGCCUACAAGAAGGGUGCGCUGAAAUGGCACCCUGAUAAGAACGCACACAACCCCGAGGCUGCCGACAAGUUCAAAGACCUAUCACACGCAUACGAAGUUCUCUCCGACUCACAAAAGCGACAACUCUACGACCAGUAUGGCGAGGAAGGCCUCGAGCAGGGCGGCAUGGGCGGAGGCGGCAUGGCUGCCGAAGACCUGUUUGCGCAGUUCUUCGGCGGCGGUGGUGGCCCAUUUGGAGGCAUGUUCGGCGGCGGCAUGGGAGGAGGUCGGGAGCAAGGCCCCAAGAAGGCGCGCACCAUCUCCCACGUUCACAAGGUCUCGCUCGAGGACAUCUACCGCGGCAAAGUCUCAAAGCUGGCUCUGCAGAAGUCAGUCAUCUGCCCCAAGUGCCACGGCGUAGGCGGCAAGGAGGGUGCUGUCAAGAAGUGUGCUGGUUGUGACGGACGCGGCAUGAAGCAUAUGAUGCGACAGAUGGGUCCUAUGAUCCAGCGCUUCCAGACCGUCUGCCCCGACUGCCAGGGUGAGGGUGAGAUUAUUCGCGACAAGGACCGAUGCAAGCAGUGCAACGGCAAGAAGACCAUUAUCGAGCGCAAGGUCCUGCACGUCCACGUCGACCGUGGUGUCAAGACUGGUCACAAGAUUGAGUUCCGCGGCGAGGGUGACCAGCUACCUGGCGUCGAGCCGGGCGACGUUGUCUUCGAAAUCGAGCAGAAGCCUCACACCCGCUUCCAGCGCAAGGAUGACGAUCUCUUUUACCACGCCGAGAUUGACCUGCUGACUGCCCUUGCCGGCGGCCAAAUCCACAUCGAGCACCUCGACGAGCGGUGGUUAACCGUCGACAUCAUCCCCGGCGAGUGCAUCAGCCCUGGCGAGGUCAAGGUUAUCCGCGAGCAAGGUAUGCCCUCACACCGACACCACGACUUCGGCAACCUGUACAUCCAGUUCGACGUCAAGUUCCCUGAGAAGCUAGGCAACGCCGAGGGUGGCCCAUUGUCGCCCGAGCAGAUCCGUGCUCUCGAGUCCGUUCUACCACCCCGCAAGGUCCCCGAGUCCCUGCCACCGCCAGAUGCCAUGACCGAGGAUUUCACCCUCGAAAGUGUUGACCCUUCACGGGAGUCAGCCCGCGCACGCGGAAUGACUGGCAUGGAGGAUGAUGAUGACGACAUGCACGGUGGUGCCGAGCGCGUACAGUGCGCGUCCCAGUAA